CAUGUUGUCCCCAUUGUUAAACUCCAGGCAGGUAUUCAAGGUGCCUUUGGGAGGCCCCAGGGCACUGUGGCCAGUGGCCACAUUGACCGAGUCAUCAUGUCCAUCUGCACCAAGCUGCAGAACAAGGAGCAUGUCAUUGAGGCUCAGCACAAGGCCAAGUUCAAGUUCCCUGGCCACCAGAAAAUCCAUAUUUCCAAGAAGUCGGGCUCUAGCAAUUUUAAUGCAGAUGAAUUUGAAGACAUGGUAGCUGAAAAGCAGCUCAUCCCAGAUGGCCAUGAGGUCAAGCACAUCCAGAAUUAUAGCCCCCUGAACAAAUGGCAGACCCUGCACUCAUGA